AUGCCUAGAAAGCCUGAGGUCGAAGAAGCCGCUCCCAAACAUGAGCUGAAACGGUCGGGUUCGAUCUCGAAAUCCAUCAAGGGCCUUUUCAAGUCAACGUCACCACCCAGGCCUCCUCAUACAACCGCUGAAAGUGGUUCAGUAGGCUUAAAGAGCGGAGACAAGCUCAAAAAGCUUGCCAAAAGUAAAGAAUUGGAGCUUGAAGGCAAAAGACGAGAUCCCAAUGCAGGAUCACCAUCUAGAUUGGUGGAAAACACAUUGGCUCAACCUGUGACCGCACACAAACCACACUUGGGUAGUGAGACCAAAAGUGCUAAACAGCACUCAGUUUUGAAUGAUUUCAGCAAGCUGUCACUUCGCAAGCAGGGAGAAAGUGGACACACGUCUCAAGAAUCGGUAAUUAGUGACGAUGAUCCGAAAUUCAGAACCAGGUCUUCGUAUUUGAGCAAAAAUCCAAGACAUGGGGACUCAUUGUCGGAUGAGGGCGAGGAUGUCGACUAUUUCCACCCCAAGGUGGGCGGUGCCGUUGCCCAUGGCCAGAAUCAUGGCGGUGGGUACGAAGACUCCUCAAUUGAUAAUGAACUUACGAAAAACCCCGAAACUGUACGUCGUGCUAAGAGCUUACAGAGACAAGGCUCACAGUCGGGAGCUUCAUCAAGGUCUCGCUCGUUGUCACUGACAUCUCGCUACCGCGCGAGGUCCCCUACACAUAGUGCUAAUAGUCAAUUGCGCGAAGAACCUGAGGAUAACGACUCUGGCUGUGUUCUCAAAACCGAAACUUUCCGCCUUCAUGAAAAUGGUUCACAUAAGCACACGCUCAAGGUUAGUCCGAUUGUUUGUGAAAACCAAGAUGAUGAGGAUGGCAAGGGCAAGUCUAUGUUUUCUCUAUCAGGUUUCUUCAAGGGUCACAAAGAUGAUGAAAAGCUUGAAAGUGCUCUCUCUCUGUUACCUAGGACGCGCUUCGAGUUCCACAAAAGACUAAGCAGAAUACUGGAUGAAGAACUUAAAGACGACGAUGGUGAGCUCGACAGCGACGGGAAGGAGAAAAAUAUGCCGAAACCAGUAAAUCCCAAAGCAGCAAUUGGUUCAGAGGAACUCAAAAUGAUCAACAAGAUCUCCAAAAAGAUUCACGACGGCGGUGCUAAAGAAUAUACAUCGGAUGAAGACAUGGCGAAAAAAAACUAUACCCUCUUUCAAAAGUAUGGGAAACCGAUCGGCGUUAUCGGCCACGGUGCUUACGGUGUCGUUAAAGUUUGUUGCAUUGAAACUUCAAAUGUCACGGAUGAGAGAUCGCAUGAUGAGACGUUCGUCAAAGGUUCCAAAAUGUAUUAUGCUGUUAAAAAAUUAAAGCCCAAAGGAGACGAACCCAAGGAAAAGUUUGGCACACGAUUAACGUCUGAAUUCAUUAUAGGACAUGCUCUUAGUCAAAGAGGAAAUGACAAGCAGGAGUCACAUCCCAAUAUCUUGAAGAUGCUUGAUCUAAUGCAAACUAAUGACGGCUUUGUGGAAGUGUUAGAAUUUUGUCCAUCUGGGGAUCUGUACAGCUUACUUUCACGCACUUCCAAAAAUGGACUACACCCCCUAGAGGCGGACUGCUUCAUGAAACAGUUGCUUCGCGGUGUCCAGUAUAUGCAUGACCACGGUAUCGCACAUUGUGAUCUGAAGCCUGAGAACAUUCUUUUUGGUCCUGACGGGACGUUAAAGAUUUGCGAUUUUGGCACCAGUUGUGUCUUUCAAACAGCGUGGGAGAAGCAAGUUCAUUUCCAAAGUGGGGCCGUGGGCUCUGAACCGUAUGUGGCGCCUGAGGAGUUCAUUGCUCAAAAAGAGUAUGACCCUCGGCUAGUAGACUGCUGGAGUUGUGGUGUAAUAUACUGCACUAUGGUGCUUGGCCAUUAUCUGUGGAAAAUUCCAUUAGUAGACAAAGAUCCAGUGUAUGCAGCUUUUAUCGAGGAAAUCCGCAAUAAGCGAGAGUACUCGGUAUUUGAAGAUCUGAGACAUGUGGCCCCUGAGGUCGGUCGUUGUAGAAAGUUGUGUCUGUACGCAAUUUUCCAAUGGAAUCCAGAGAAAAGAACCAGCGUCGAUAAGCUUCUGCAUAGCAAUUGGAUGAAAAGAACUUGGUGCUGUGUCAACUACGGCUCCCCUAGCCUGCAAUGA